CUUGGGGAUCUCCUCCCUCCUGCUCGUCCCCACCCUCACUUCUCCCUUGGAUCUCUUAUCUCCUGCUAUGCCAUUUUCUUUUCUUCUGUUUUUUUUUGGUUCUAAUCGAAGAGUUUCUGUCCGUGGCUUCUUUAUCACAGCGAGAGAGAAAGAGGUAUUGGGUUCCCAUUAAUUUCGACGGAAGUCAUUAGAGAUGAUACUAUUGCAGUCACCAUCGAGAUUUCUCCUUCAAACGUUAACGAAUCGAGUUCAAAAUCUAGAGAAGGGUGUAGAACUGGAUUGCCACUCGGUUGAAUUUGACGAUGUUCGAUAUCACAUCCAGGUGUCUAUGAGGUAUCCUCAAUUUUUGCUGCUAUCCAUGUCUCUACCUACCCCUCCUCCAGAAACUAUUUUCUUUGGUGGGCUUCCUCUUGGAGCCAUAGAAGCUAUAAAAGCAGCAUAUGGUGUGCUCGUGCAGAUUCUUGACCCUCCCAGAGAUGGAUUUAAUUUGACAAUGAAAUUCAAUUUGUCAAAGCUUCCACCAGAUGAAGAGCAACACCAUGCUAUUCUGGUGAAGAUUGCAUCUGUGAGAGAAGUGGUACUUGGGGCUCCAUUAAGAUUGAUUCUAAAGCAUCUUGCUUCAAAGGCAGUUGCUCCAAAUGUAGAUCGACUUGUUGCUAUUGUUCAUAGGCCAAUGGAGUCAUUCUUCCUUGUCCCCCAGGCAGAAAAAGUGACUGUAGUUUUUCCUAUGAGAUUCAAGGACUCCAUAGAUACUGUACUGGCAACUUCGUUCUUGCAGGAAUUUGUGGAGGCAAGGCGCACUGCCGGACUCAACAAUGCCCCUCCUUGUUUAUGGUCUCCUUCUCCUCCUCUAGAACUGAAGGGAGCUCCUGCCCAAGCAUUAUCUGUAAAUGCAGGAUUUGUUACUUUUGUUAUAUUCCCACGCCAUGUGGAAGGCAAAAAGCUGGACAGAACUGUUUGGAGUUUGUCGACAUUUCAUGCAUAUGUUAGUUACCAUGUGAAAUGCUCAGAAUGUUUCAUGCACACCCGGAUGAGACGUCGUGUGGAGUCCCUGAUACUGGCCCUGGAUCGUGCAAAGCCAGAUGUUGAGAAGUCAAGGAAAGCCGCUCAUAGCAGAUCCUUCAAGAGACUGAGCCUCAAAGGAAACUCAAGCUAAUUCAAAUUCUUGAAGAUCUGCCAGUGGUCAAGCAGUAAAAGACAUGCAGAAAUUACUUAAUGAAACCCAAAAGAAUUCUGAGUUUUCUUACAGGUUACAGUGAAGGCCGCGGGCGUGCGCACACACUGUUUAAUAGGCUGAGCCCACUUUUGUAUGAUACAGUGUAUUUCAGUCCUGUUGCAACUCUGUAGAAUAUUACGCUUGCAUGUGCUGGAUGAUUGUGGAAAAUCAGAGUUGCUAGAACUGGGUAGAUUGCCUUCUGGACCCUAACUUAUUGUGUGAAUUGGUACUGCAUGAUGAAAAAAGGAUCGGAUUCCAGUCAA